UGUUGCAGCAGUUUUGGUUCUUUGACCAUUUUUUAUGAUUUUAUUUUGAGAAAAAUUUAGGUUUGAUUUAUCUGAGGCAUUCUGUACCAUGCUGAACUUUCUGAUAUGCAUUCAUGCUUUCUUGCUAGACCUUAACAUAUUAAUAUCUGAAAUUGUUUUCUGGCCAGCUUUUCAAGUUCAGUCUCACUUGGAGGCUGCAAUCUGUUUCUGUCUGCAAGUUGCUCUUAGUUCCCUGAAAAUUAUGUGCCUUUGCUGCGUAAACAUGAUUCUGAGAUUUUGCUCUUCUGCAUAUCCGUGUAGGAAGGACUGGAAAGGGAUUUUAAGGUUGCUUUGGUAAAGCUUGAUCCAUUUGGAUGUGAUGUGGGAUGCAAAUUGCACAAUGGUGAAAGGAGUAUCCCAGGGCAGUCUGUUGUGUCGUUGUCCAUGUGGAGCAGUUACUACCCUCUGCUGAUGGUGGUGGGGGAAGGAAAUGGAGUGGUAGUGUCUGUGAUGAAGAGACCCUCCAAGUGUCCAAAGCAGACUGCCUGAGAGAGGUGAGGAGGUAAACCUCUUUUCCACCAGGCAGAGAGAAAAUGUUUCUGGAUUCUUUGGGAUCUGAAGAUGGUACAGCUCAACAGAGGAAAGCCCAGCUUGCAAAAGUCUACCCUAUUUUCAUGCUAUUGUAGAGAGCUUUGUGAGAUCUGGUAGCUACUAAAUCCCCCAUAGCAACACAGAGAUGUUGGAGUCAUGGCAGAGUAGGAGUGUGCCGUGACCAAUUAAGAGGUUGGAAAAGUUAAUUGCUUUAAAUUGCUCGAGCCUCAUGAUGUCAUGGUAGCCAGAUAUAGAUGCAGUUCUACAGCACAGCAAGGAUGGACUUCUCAUAAAUGGCAUGGCUCUGUUUUUUAACAGAGGCUGUAGUUUCUAAGGGCAAACUUGGAGAUGAUGAAUCAGAUAGCAGUGAGGGAACUAAUGUGAGUAGGUUCAGGUGCUUUUCAGCUGAUAAACCUUUGGAGCUUAGCUGUGUCACCCAAAGAGAACGGUUAGGACAACAGUGAUCAGCUUGUAGCUCUUCAGCUGUUGGCAGCUUUGGAGCAGUUCAGCUUUCGGAUUGGAGCAAGGGGUUACGAAUCACCAGCAACUGAAAAGCACAAAGCUGCAAGAUGUCAGGCCGAAGUGGGAAGAAGAAAAUAUCCAAACUCUCACGCUCAAGCAGGGCAGGUGUCAUUUUCCCUGUGGGGAGAAUGAUGCGCUACUUAAAGAAGGGAACAUACAAGUACCGGAUAGGUGUUGGAGCACCAGUUUACAUGGCAGCCGUCAUAGAGUACCUAGCAGCUGAAAUUCUAGAAUUAGCAGGAAAUGCAGCACGAGACAACAAGAAAGGAAGAAUUGCCCCCAGACACAUCCUCCUGGCAGUUGCAAAUGAUGAGGAACUGAAUCAGUUGCUCAAAGGUGUGACUAUUGCAAGUGGAGGCGUCCUGCCCAGAAUUCAGCCAGAGCUUCUAGCCAAGAAACGGGGUGCCAAAGGCAAAUCUGAGACCAUCCUUUCACCUGCUCCUGAGAAGAAGGGAAGGAAAACGAUAGUGAACAAAAAGAGUGGGAAGAAGGCAAAAUCUACCAAGGCCCGGACACCCAAAAAGAACAAACAAAAGGACAAUGAAAAAGAAGGAGCUUCAAAUUCAACAUCUGAAGAUGGACCUGGGGAUGGCUUCACUAUCUUGUCCUCCAAGAGUCUUGUGCCAGGACAAAAGCUUUCUUUGACACAGAGUGACAUCAGCCAUAUUGGCUCCAUGAAAGUAGAAGGCAUUGUUCACCCUACAACUGCUGAAAUAGACCUCAAGGAGGAAAUAGGCAAGGCAUUGGAAAAGGCUGGAGGGAAGGAGUUUUUAGAAACAGUGAAAGAGCUUCGCAAAUCUCAAGGACCUUUGGAAGUUGCUGAAGCUGCACUUACUCAGUCUAGCGGCCUAGCAGCAAAGUUUGUCAUCCACUGUCACAUCCCACAGUGGGGCUCAGACAAGUGUGAAGAGCAGCUUGAAGAGACUAUAAAGAACUGCUUAACAGCCGCAGAAGACAAGAAGUUGAAGUCCGUGGCUUUCCCCCCGUUUCCCAGUGGCAGAAACUGCUUCCCAAAACAGACGGCAGCCCAGGUGACUCUAAGAGCUAUUUCCACCCAUUUUGACGGCACCAACUCUUCCUCCUUGAAGAACAUUUACUUUCUGCUCUUCGACAGUGAAAGUAUUGGCAUCUAUGUGCAAGAAAUGGCCAAGCUAGACACAAAGUAGCAAUGACAGCCAAAUGAAACUUUAUUUUUCAACAAACCUGAGUAGCAUUAAAAGCAUUAGAGGUGGGUUUUAUUUUUUCAAUGUGAUGAGGAGGGGGAGUGGUAGUAGUGUGAUGUGUUGUGACUUGAUGAAGAGCUGUGACUAUAGAUGAGAAGGGCUUAGUCUGAUUUCUUCAUGCUAUCAGCAUCCUCUAGCCAUUUGUAUCACCUUAAGCAACUGAGUUACCAUCUCUUUUCAGGACUUUUAGUGUCCCUUGUUAUUUUAGUCUAGAAGUUUUUAAAGAGUAACUUCAUUUUAGGUUUGUAGUGAUGAUUUUUUUCACACACACUCACACUUUAAAGACAGCUCUUAAAAAUGUUCUGCUCCUUUUUCCCCUCCCUUGAGGGUAGAUGGUAAACUUCUGCCUCCAGCCCACAGAUUGGGGAAAAGGAUCUGGAAGUGAUGCAUGAGGAGCUUCUGUUUUGCUUUUGACUCACAAUAAUAUCUGUAAUUACUGAGAGUAUUUCAUGGUGAUUUUGUUUGUUUUAUAAGAAAAAAAGAAAAAGA